AUGCGAGCCACGCGCCGCGCAAAAAGCCCCGGAAGCGGCGCCAUUGCGGGCGGCAUGGGGUCUCACGUCGCCGCCGACACCGCGACAUCUCGACAGCUUCCGCGAGCGGCGACAGGUCCGCCCGUGCCCGAAGGGAUGCAUGGGGACCUUCCGCUUUUUGUGCGAGCCGCAUGCGUUAUGCACGAUGCCCUCGGGAUGCCCCAUUGUGUGCUAAUGCCGCCGCGCCCGCCUCAACGCCUCAACGCCUCAACGCCUCAACGGCUCAGCGACUCAGCGACUCAGCGGCUCCGCGACUCAGCUGCUCAGCGACACCACUACGCGCCUUCUCUGCCUGCGGAGCGUUCCGUGGACGCAGACCCAACGGCGCGUCGCUCGCCCAAACCUAAGGCUGCACUUGCCACGCCG